GCAUGAUGCCACCAUCUAACCAGGGCUGGCCAGAAGACUUUGGCUUCCGGCUUGGCGGUGAUGGGCCCAGCUACAUCCUGUCUGUGGUGGAGGGCAGCAGUGCUCACAUGGCGGGGCUGCAGCCAGGAGACCAGGUGCUGGAGGUGGACGGCCAGAAUGUGUCCACGCUCAGCCCCCUGGCCCUCGUUGACAUGGCCAACACCAUCAAAUCCGUGCCCCCCAGCAUAGGGGUGGUGUCCCGGAUGGAACAGAUUGACAUCACUCCGGGCCCUGAUGGGCGAUUUGGCUUCACCAUAGUGGGAGACAGCCCCCUGCUGGUGGAAGACUGCCUGCCCAGCUCUCCGGCGGGCCGCUGCGGGCUGCGCGCGGGCGACUACGUGAUGGAGGUGAACGGGCUGCCAGUGAAACAGCAUGAGAUGGCGGCGGCCAUGAUCAAGGCCUCGCAGGGCCGCACACUGCGCCUCGGAGUGCUCAGUAUCAACCGCUGGCAGCGCCGCUCGGCUAGUGCCAGCAUGAAGGAGGCGGCAGGGGCAGCCAUGACCACCCCCGUCAACAUUAGCACCUCCGGUAGUACCACGGCAACCGCUCCCAUCAGCCCACCGCGCCUGAGUGGGGAGAGCGUGCGCCAGGACCGCAAACACAAAGCCCAGGAGUUUAAUAAAAAGGUUCGCCUGUGCUAAGAUUUCUUUCCAGCAUAUAGGUAUAUAGCAUAUCGUUUAUGGAGAUAGAAAUGC